AUGAUCUCUUGUGGUCUCUUCUAACCUCUGCCAUUCUGUGAUUUUUCUCUGGGAGGCUGAGAGCUGCAUUUGGCAAACCUGCAGGGGAAGCAUGACUGCAGUUUCUCUACGUUUUAUGAAUAUGUACAAACGAAUCCAAUCUACAGAGACACUGUUUUAGUGAUUCCUGAAUUCAUCGAUUUAAAAAAAAAAAAAAAGCAGCAAAAGAAUCUGAAUUAUAGAGCGAGGGAAAAAUGUGGCACCACGUGAACAAAAAUAACCCCAGAAGCAAUCCUGGCCAUGCAGCUACAUCGUCCCUUUGCCCCAGGCAGCACUGGCCACAGCACUGAGCUCAGCCGUGGUUAAUAAUAAAUGGCUGUCAGCCCCACAGCUCCGGCCCCUCCGUCACGCCUUCUGCCAGGGCUGCCCAGGCACAGCUCCAGAGCCCAUCCAGCCUCGCACACGCAGCGACAGCGCCCGGAGGUAAGAGGCACACCAGGCAGAAAUGCACCAAGGCAGGUGCGUGGGGUGAUGGUGAGGGGACGUGAGCAGCGUCGGUGUGGAGGAGGGAGGAAGGCCUCUUUGCGUGAGAGCUGUGCAAAACCUGUGCUGGGGGUGUGCACAGGUUUGUUGCGGGGCCUAAGGUCGGACAGGUCUCGCUGCUUAGCUUGCCAAGCUUCAAAACUUCCAGCUGGCUGGCCGCCUUUCCAGCCCACACCAGCUAAUUACUCUCGGGUUGCAGGUGGGGACAGCUGGUUUGUAUCCACAGCCCAGCACGGCUUGGGCACUCCUGACUGCUGCGCUUCAGAGUCUGGGGGUUUGUUAAAAUUCAGAGCACUGCUAGAGCAGUCCAACUGAUCCCCAGCGUAACCUUUGUUGGUCUAUGAAUAGAUUCCAAAGCUGACUUUGCCCCAGAGAGCGAGGGGUGUGUACACACCCUCAAUGAGAGCAGAGCAUUUACAUGAACUUCUCAGGCUGCUGGCUGUGAGCUUAGCACUGCAUAAGCAGGGGCUGUGAGCAUGAAGCAAAGCUUGUGCCAUGUCUGUGCAACAAUAGGAUUUCAUGAACUUUGUUUAGAUUUUUGUCUUAAAAAUGGAUUUUGAAUGUAGAAAAAAAUACCCUGGUUUUGGUUGGGUGUGUAUUGUGUGUCAUGAUGAUGUAUGGCUUGAUGGUUUGGGAGAUGUCCCACAGAAUCAGCUCCUCUCUCCCUGUUACACAGCCCAAACUAUAUAGCUGAAGCCUUUAGAUUCUGAAAAAAAACAAAUCAAAACAAAACACAUUUCCUGGGUGUUCUAUGCUUCUAUGGCUGUAAUGCCACACACUGUGCAGAGAUAAGAGCCAUGUUCUGUUAAAUGUAACACAAACAGAGUACUGCACUCUAAUUAAUUUCCUAUCUAAAUUAACAAUAGGUUCAAAGGACUGAAGAAAUAAAUUCUUUCCUCACAGUUAAGGGGUGAGGAAUAGGAAGGCUUGAGAGAUAAUGGCCAAUUGCCCAGCAAAAAUACGUGUAGCAGCCUGGAGUUGAGCGAGACUGCCCUGGGGCCCAGAACAGACCAGCCUCUUAACAUUUGCAACUCUCUCCUCCUCUUUCUCUGUCCUGAAAUGAAUUUAAUUAAAGUGAAUAGGAGUUGCUAAGAGACAGGAGGAGUUCUGGAGUUCUUGCUGGGGCUGAAUUGUGCCUCUGCUUCCAACACUUCAUGCUAAAAAAGAUGAUGUAACAUGAGCAUACAUAAAGCACUGUUGGCUCUAGGAAGAGCUGCUCUUCCCUCUUUACAGUUACAAUCUGGCUUCCCAGUCCUCAACGUCUUUCUUUAUUUUAGAGAACUGCUUGUUUCCUCUGAGACACCAGCAAAAAAUAGUUACAUUUCUCUAUAGUAUUCCUACAGUUUUCUCCUUGUGAUCUUUUGGGUUGGAGGUGACAGCAGCUGAGCCUGCAAUUUGUCAUGAACAAGUAGCUUUGGAAAUCAAAACAGGAACUUCAGAAGUCUUUCUACUUUCUACUUGUUACUCCUCAGCACUAUCCUUUCCUCAGCACUAUCAUGAUUUCAGCAUCAACAACGGACUAGCUGAACUCUUUCAACUCUGUUUCUUCAGUUUAACAUUUUGAUUUGGCACCCCAGCUCAUGCUUGAAACACAAGAAUUUUCCAGGCAGUCUUCUGGGCAAACCCAGGAUUGUUCACUUUCCAAGAUCAGGGUGAGGGAUGGCAGAUUUAACUUCACAUGGUCACAUCAUUGCUAAAUUACUACUUCCAUUUUUACCCAACUUUUGUAAUCUUAGGACCAUCCUUCUGUACAGGAUGAUUGUGAAGAUAACUUACAGGCUGGCAAGACAUGUGUCCACUGAGGCACAUAGGACCACGCAGGUGAGAAGAUUUCUGCAUGGUGCUUAUUUCAGGAUUCAACCCUCCAUACAGGAAGCCCUGGCGGAGGGGAGACCAGUUGUAGCCUUGGAGAGCACCAUCAUUACACAUGGCAUGGCCUAUCCUCAGAAUCUGAGCAUGGCCAGAGAGGUAGAAAAAAUUGUAAUGAGAAAUGGAGCAGUGCCAGCCACUAUUGGUAUUUUAAGGGGUCGAAUCCACGUGGGACUCACAGAUGAGGAACUUCAGUUCUUGGCAAGCAGUAAAAAUGUAGUUAAAGUGUCUCGGAGGGAUCUUCCUUAUGUCCUCAGCCAGGGUUUGUCUGGUGGAACUACUGUAUCCGGAACAAUGAUUGCAGCACACAAAGCAGGAAUCCAUGUGUUUGUGACAGGAGGCAUUGGAGGUGUCCAUCGAGGAGGAGAGAACACUCUGGAUGUGAGUGCUGACUUGACAGAGCUAGGACGAACUCCGGUUGCCGUUGUAUCUGCAGGAGUCAAGUCUAUCCUUGAUAUUGGCAGGACAUUGGAGUAUCUGGAAACUCAGGGGGUCUGUGUGGCUGCCUUUGGAGAGUCAAGGAUGUUCCCAGCCUUCUUCUCAAGCCAGAGUGGCUUCCAGGCACCGUAUCAUGUCCAGGACGAAGAAGAGGCAGCUAAACUUAUCGCCAGCACUCUGGGUCUAGGCCUGAGCAGCGGUGUGCUGAUAGCAGUGCCCUGUCCCCAGAAGCAAGCUGCCUCAGGCCAGCUUAUUGAAGAUGCCAUCCAGCAAGCUCUCAGCGAAGCCAGGUCCAAAGGCAUUACAGGCAAAGAACUGACCCCUUUUUUGUUACAGAAGAUCAAUGAAUUAACCAACGGGAAAUCACUGGACUCCAACCUUGCUCUGAUCCAAAACAAUGCCAGAGUGGGCAGCUGCAUUGCAGUGGCCCUGAGCAAACUACAGAAAGCCACGAGGAAGGGGAGCUUGCCUCGCAGAGGGGACACAACCCUGCCUCAGCCAGUGGUGAUUGGAGGUAUCAACGUUGACUUUAUAGCCAAGGCGCAGAGCUCUGUCAUCCUGGGUGGCGGGCAGACAAACACUGGAAGAGUAAGACGAACUUUUGGCGGCGUUGGAAGAAACUUGGCAGACUGCUUAAGCCGUCUUGGGCUGACCCCUCUCCUUCUGUCAGCUGUGGGGAAGGAUGAACAUUCAGAGUCCAUCCUGCAGUACUGUCACCACAUGGACAUGAGUGCCAUCCUGCAGCUAGAGGGAAAGAGCACAGCUACUUACAGUGCUAUGAUCACCAGUGCUGGGGAGCUGAGCAUCGGCUUGGGAGAUAUGGACAUCCACCAGCAGAUAACAGAGCAAUACGUGUCCCAGUUCAAGGAGAACCUGUGCCGGGCCCCACUGGUUUGCAUUGAUGGAAACGUGCCUCUUUCCACUAUCCAAUACAUCUGCCAACUCGCUAGAGAUCAUCAGCUAGCAGUGUGCUACGAGCCGACAGAUGAGAACAAGGCCUCUAAGCCAUUCCUCUCAGACAGCUGGAAAGCACUCACGUACAUUUCCCCCAACCUGCAAGAGCUAAAAGCAAUAAACCGGACUCUUGGGAACCCUCUGCCAGCAGAGGCACCAUCCAGGCUGGAGGACAUUAUCAAGAUGGCAGCAGCCUUGGCCCGCCCUUUGCUGUCCCACCUGUGCUGUGUGGUCGUGACCCUUGGUGCUCAUGGUGUCCUACUGUGUGGCAGGAGCCUGGGAGGGGGUAUCUCUCUUCGUCCAGCACCUCACGAGCAGACCGCUGCUGCCAGCCUCUGUGCCACCCACUACCCUGCCAUCCCUGUCAGCAGGGAGGAGAUAGUCAACGUCUCAGGAGCUGGUGACAGUUUAAUGGCAGGAAUCGCUGCAGGGAUGCUUGCCAACCACGACACAGACACCUGUGUUCGGAUGGGCCUGCUGGCUGCACGCUUGUCUCUCUGUUCCUAUGAGCCCAUUUCCCCAGAAAUCAGCACGUCCACCAUCAGCCAGGAACAAGUCCAGAGCAGGCCCUGGCCAGAAGUGAAGGUAUGGAAGCUGGACUAGAUUGACAUCGCUUUCUCAUCCAUUAUCUCCUCAUGCACCCAGCAGUACUGGAAUUAGGCCAUGUUUUCAGUUUCAAGCUCAAAAGCUGACUGGAGGACUUGAGCUACUGGUACACACUGCUUUUUAGGAGGUGAAGUCCCAAUGGAGUGCAUCUGGCGUCAACUUGUACUGCAGUGUUCACAUUCACAUUUUUCUGUUGUUGCUUCCUCUCUCUCAUGAGUUACAACCACUGCUUUGGUCUUUUGUCUGCUGCCUGCCAAUAGUUUAUCUCACAUUCCUAUGGGGAACACUCACCUGUUUUGGUUUGGUGUAAACUAUCAGGGAAGGCGGCCCCAAUCCAGGGAACUUCUUUGUAAAGAAAGACUGGUUUCUGAUCCUCAGAUCUCCCAUUUCCCUGAAGUUACACUCCCUCACAUCACCGUUCUUCAUUACCAUGGUAGCUCCUCUGUCACUGACUUCCAGAUCUCCAGGACCAUGUCUGCAGGCAGGCCCAGCAGCUGCUCACUCCUGUUUCUCUCCAGGAGGUCUCAUGAACCACAACCAGUGUUAAGCUGCAGCUGACAGGGACGUAAUGCUGUAUGACAACCUCAUAGGCCUUCCCAAGCUAGCCAGCAAGUGUUGCAUUUUCUUGGUCAUUUCCAGGGAGGAGGGGAAGCACAACCCUUGUUUACAGAUGGUCACACAAGCUGUGUAGCUCAAAUGACUGUGCCAAGUUCACAGUGAGUCCAUGGCAAAGCCAGGAACAGAGCAGUGACCCUCUCCAGGAUAGGAUUGCACAGCAAUUCCUCUGCUUUUAACACAUCCGGCAUCUUUAUUAUUAAGGACAGCUCUACUUAGGUCAGUUUGGUAGGAAGUCUGGCCACUGCCUUUUGACAGGCAGCUUGCAGAGCCAACUUGCCCAAGGCUGAGCCAUUCCCAUCCAGAGGUGAGGACAGUGGUCACAAGAACUCACCCUUGGUCCACAGGGAAUACCUACUGAGUAAUUACAAAUGCCCAAGUGAGGGCUUUAAAAGACAGUGGAUGAAGGGUUCAUUGGGUUUUUCUCCUUUGUCAGACCUGUUCCAGCAGGCUUGUAACAACUCAUCAGCUUGGAGUCUGACAACUUUCCAUCAAAUUUGGCUAGGGAUGGGCAAAGAGCUGAGAGCGUCUGAGGUCUGUGACAAUGCAAUGACAAAGUUCUGUCACAUCAGCAUUAUCUUUUCAGGGUAUCCAAGACAAAAAUACAGCAGAUGCCUUUAUGAAGAUGAAAGGGAUCCACACACUGACCAGCAGCCCCCCUUUAUCAAGGCCUCAGCUGAAAUGCUGUGCUUACGCCACACACACGCACCCAUCACUGAGAGGAUCUGGGUGGCCUGGUGGGAGGGUGCUGGGCUGUUUGGGAGUGCAGGGAGGGGGACAGGCCCCCACAAGCAGCCUGGUUAGCUCACAGGAGGGGAGGUGGGACACGGCAGGGGCGGGGGAAAAGAGCUGUGCGCCGGUGCUAUAAAAGUGACUUCCAACCAGUGCUGGGGAAGGGAGGCAGCCUAAGCUACAGCUCCUGUUUCCAAGCCUCACCGAGCAGAGCAUCCCUGAGCCAAUCCAGGUCCUGAAGAUGGAGGUCUGGGUGCUGACAGCCGCUGCCCUGCUGCUGGCACAGCUCUCCCUGGCCCCAGCACACGUAGAGGCACUGGAGGAGUGGGCAGCCCUCCCAGCAAGGCAGCUUGGAGCUGGGGGACCCACAGAGAAUCAUCAGCCAGCUGGAGAUGGAGGGGACAACCAGGCGGAUGGCAGCCACCCCCAGGCCGCAGUGUGGGAGGCUCUGGCAGAGCACCACACGGGCUCUGGGGCUCCCUGCAAGGCCACAGGCAGCAGUGCACGGGACCCCUCCAGCAGGCCCCGCAGGAGCCCACCACAGCCCUUCCACAGCAGGAGCCUGGGGCUGAGCCAUCAUCUGAAGGGCUACGGGAAGUUCAACAGCGACACGGUAAGCACAGGGCAUGCCUGCCCAUCGCCAAGGGCACAGGUAGGCUUCGCAGCACCUCUCCAACAAAGCAGGGUGUCCCCAGGGCUCAGCCCCGGGUCAUAAGGGCAUGCUGCUGGGUGUUGUUCUCCUUUAAAUCAGUAAUGUGAUGGAAAGCCUGCACCGGGGGGAUGAGCUGCCCCCUGGGCUGUUGGCAUUAGGCUGAGCUUGCUGCCUCCCCUGCAGCACUCCUGUCGCGGCAUCCAGAGCCGGCCCUGCCAGAAGCCCUCGGAUUGCGGAGGCUGCCUGGGGCUGUACACCUGCAGGCCGCCCGGCACCUGUAGACUGAAGGCUGUCUCCCGGCAGAGAGGUGAGCAGCGCCUGUGGUACCGCGUGGUUUCUGUGUGGCCGCAAGGCUUCAGCUAGCAUGGCUGCUCUCUGGGCUUUGUCUUCGCAGGGGGAUUCCUGCAGAGCAUCCAGGAGCAACGCAGCUCAGCGUGAAGCUGGAGGGGCUGUCCUGCUGCUGAGACCAAUGUCUCCUGCUUGAGUUUCAUGUUCAGUCCUUCAUUAAACAGCUGUAAAAGGUUCUUUCUCUGUGCUUUUCAUGCUGUUAGACGCCCUCGGAUACUGUAUGCUGGGUUUGAGCCCCACAUUCCUUACUGCUGCCAACAAGGCAUUCACCCCUCCACCAUCCUGCCCACCAGCCCGUUUCUGCCACCACCACCACCAUUCAUUUCCACUGUUUGCUGAGUCCUUAUACCCAGCAAAGAAAGGGGCUGCUUCUGUAGGAAGCUUUGGCUUCUGAAGCCUUCUGAAGCAGCAGUGACAGGACCCACAGAUCCCCUCCACUCUUUUGUAAGUGGAAUUAGGCUCUGCUGACCCUAUAAUUGGUCACCAUGGCCCUCAAAUGUGGGGAAGAGGCACUUCCAAACCCUCCAGAAGCCACGCAUGGCACAGUGCAGAACAGGGCUGCCAGCAUGCAGCCCACCCCUUGCACUCCCAAAGCAGAGGAGGAGAUCUCCAUUCAGCCCUGCAUUGAGGGCCAUUGAGGGAUUUCUUUCCUCUCAGCUUCAGCCAGCGCCAGGCCCGUGGAGAGCCCCAGUGAAGGUAGGUGAGCAGCAGCAGCAGCUGGCUCCCUAGGGGAGCUGACAUCCUCAUUUUGUCUCAGCAGCUUACCCAGUGUUAGAAUGCUUUGUAAUGCCACUGAGAUGUCACCAGAGGAGAACCUGCCUGGCCUGACAGGAGUCUCCACAGCCAGACCCCGCAGCUGAGCUCAUCCUCAGGCUCCCUAUGCACGCAGCUUGGGUGAGGGUACAAGGUCAUCGGGCUCCAGAGCAUGCAGGCAUGGCCAAGCCAAGGGCUCAGCCACUAGAUGUCUCCU